AUGAAUAACAACAAUUGUAAUAAUAAUAAUAAUAAUAAUAAUAAUAAUAAUAAUAAUAAUAAUAAUAAUAAUAAAAUAUUGUCAGAUUAUAUUCAAAACAUAAUUAUAAGAUUUUGUUGGUUUCAUUAUCAUUAUAAUAAAGAAAGAAGUUAUAAUGGCUUAUUAAUAAAGUGGAAAAGAUCUCUAUAUUUGGUUUCAAAAAGAUGGUUUGAAUAUAUUUCAAAAAAUUUAAAUACUAGAUAUUUUAUGCAAAAACCUUACGAGUUUAUAUCAAAUUUUCAACUAUCCAAAUACUCUAUUUUUCAAGCACCCCCAAUUUCACUAGAAAUAUCAUCCAAUAUCUAUAAAAAACUUUUAAAUCAUUUAAGCGAUAAUGGGUCCAAAUUUUUAUUUUUUUCAAAUUUACAAAAUUUAACUUUUUACUUUGAUUCAGGAACUAGUUUAAAAAAUGAACCAAUUGAAAUUAAAGAUUAUGCAUUUUUAUUUAAAAAUUUCAUAAAUAUAAAAUCAUUGGAUAUUCAUUUUCCAAACUCUGACUAUUCAAUACAGUCUAGCAACACUUCAAAUAUACUCAAAUGCUAUGUAGAUUUAAUGAAUCAAAACUAUUUAGAUUUUAAAAAAGAGAAAGAAAGUCAAAAUAAAACAAUAACAGAGGAGGAAAUAAACGAUCAAUAUAAUAUUAGCCUAUCAUUAAAAACAUUGGGUUUAACAGUACUCAUCUUUGGUGACGAACUAUUCAAUCUUUUUAAACAGUUAAGGUUAUACAACCUUGAAAAAUUAACAAUCAAAUACUAUUCUUGUGAAUUCAUAAAAGAAGUAUAUGAAUGCUUUCAUAAAAUCAAAAAUCUCAAAAGUUUUAGUUCAAGUCUUUAUAGCUCAUAUAAUGAAAUGGAGGAAACACUGUUAAAUCUUUUCAAUAGUGAUACAAACAAUAGGUUAUUGGGCUCGUUGGAAGAGUUUCAAAUUUCCAUAUACCCUGUAUCAGAAAUCAAUGUAAAUAACCAUAGUAUCUACACGACCAUAAUCAAGCUAUUGAGAGAAAUGAAGAACUUAAAGAGUCUAACGAUACUAUUCAGUAAAAAUGAUUAUGAUCGCGAUCUAUCAAAUUUAACACAUACAGAAUUCAUGUCAUUACCAAGGAUACAACUAAUGAAAUACUUUUUACAAGAGAAUACAAAUAUCAAAAAACUGGAUACAAAUUUAUUUAAUGUACCCGAGCUAGCAAACAUCAAAGAAUUGUUUUCAAAUAUUAAUAGCAAUUUCAAACUUGUCUCAAAAGAUAGUAAUGAAAAGCUAGAGUUUUUAAUCGACCUAUUUUCAAACAAUACCCUCAAUAUCCACACUUAUAUGAUCCAAUCAUCUCCCUACAUAUGGUUGGGAUUUUUGAAAUCGUUCAAAGUCAAAUCAUUAGAAAUGGAAAUAUACUGCGAUAUCAAUUUUAAUAAAAAUAAUAGAUUCGUUAACGAGAUUUUUGAAAUCAUAGUUAAAAACAACAAUUUGGAAUCUGUAGAAAUUAAUUUAUUAAGCUAUUCGAAUUCAAAAUGCUUCAUCGAUGAAAGGGUAAUCAAGCAGUGCAUGGAAUCUGUCGACGUUAAUCCCUCACUUAGCUCCGAUUCAAAUAAAAUAGUUUGGUUAGAGUCUGCCAUAAUAACAUAUCCAGGUAAAACUACUGUACACCGAAAUCUAAAAAUAUUUAUUUAUAAAAGUUAA